CGCUGCUGUUGGAGAGAGGGGUGGUUGAAGAAAAGAAGACAAAACACAACAAAGUAAAACUGGCGCGGGCGCUACUUUUAGUAAUAACUUUUUCAUAAAUUCAUAGUUACAGACCACAGUGUCUUCUAACUAUUACAACGUGUGGUAUCAAUUUAGUUAAAUAACGUCGUUGGAAGAAUUUCACAAUGCCAAGUAGCACAUCUUUGUUGGAAACGGAGGAAACUGAGCCGGAGAUCCCGCCACUAGUUGUGCAUGCAUUCGCUGACAUAAGCCUCGAAAACCACUACAGACAGACGGAACAACCCGAGAGCCUCUUGCAUCCACGCCCGGUCUCUCAUUUCAAUGUGCUUGGUGCGGUGCUGGACCUGCAGCCUAUACAGCACCACCACCCGACAGAAGAGGACGAGGAAAGAGCCAACGAAGACGUGUUGGAGGAGAAUGGUUUCAACAACACGCUGCUUGUGCAUGCCCAAGUCUUGGGACUAGGCUCUGUUAUGCCACCUGGAAUGGAUACGCCCGAGACACUCUUGCUGUACAAUGAGCUUGAUCACGGCACACUACAACAGGCUACGGGAAUGAUGAUUUUGCCAUCAGUGUACGGAGAGCCUGGCUAUGAAGUUGAGACAUCGCUGCUCAUGCGGAGGAAGAGUGUGAACACAACAGAGUGUGUCUCGGUGCCCAGCUCAGAACAUGUUGCCGAGAUUGUCGGUAGACAGGGUGAGUAAGUUAGCUACUCUAGUUACCUAGCUAACUAGUAUUAUUAUGUUUUAAUUAGCCAGACGUGUAUGUUGGAUACUAGCUUGAUUUGGCUAGAAUUAUAUUUUAUGUAUGCUGCCAAUUUGGUAAUUGACAUUGUAAAAUGUAAUUUGGAAACAACCAGCUGGCUAACUAAUGUAGUUAGCAUCCGCUAUCUAACUAGUUACUAUAACUAGGUCACCCUUCAAAUCCACAUUUCAAAGUUGGUAAACUGGCAAAGUAAAUACCGUUAUAUUGAUUCUAGCUAUCUCUCUCUCUAGCCAUGUGAUUGAUGCACAUUUGGAUUGCAAGUUAGUUAGUUACUAGUAGUUAGCUACCUAGCUAGUUGCGUUUAGCUUGUUUCAUGGCAUGCUAAUUAUGAUAGCUUCGCCUUUGUUGAUCACCAUGCCACAUCAGCUAGCAAGCUAUCGCUAGAAAAUCGGUGUAAUAUACCGUGAUUUUAGUUUGCUAGCCAUCUAUCAAACUGUCUUUUCACCGAUGGAGAAUACUUUUGACCCUCAUAACUUUUUGUAUCGACUGGACUGCCAUAGAACAUGUUUGGCAAAUUGUUUUCAUGUCUGCAUCUGUUAUAGAGCUCGCCAUCUUGUAGUCCUAAAACCCGGAAAUUAGUUCGCUACCUCGGGUUCGAAAACGCCAUUCAUUUUCCUCAUAGGCUUACAAAAAGACGCUAUUACUAUUUCUCUGUAUGUGGGGGAUGGUUGACUGUUGUUAAAACCUUGAGGAAAUCGUAAAUGACAAGAUAGUGUAAAGUCCAACUUAUACCAUCUACAGCGAGACAUCUAGUUAUUAAUUAUUAGCAUCAUCUCAGAUUUCACAAUAGUAAGAAAUCAAGAUUGUAACUGUAAUUCAUUAAAAGGAUAUAGAUUAAUGUCUGAGAUUCUCCCUUCUAAAUUUUUUUUUUUUUUUUUUUUUCGUUAGGUUGCAAGAUCAAGGCAUUGAGAGCAAAGACCAACACCUACAUCAAGACCCCAGUGCGAGGGGAGCAGCCGGUGUUCGUGGUGACAGGACAGAAGGAGGAUGUGGUCAUGGCCAAGAGGGAGAUCCUCUCAGCAGCUGAGCACUUCUCCCUCAUCCGAGCCUCCCGGAACAAGGCAGGUCCGAUGGCUGCAGCAGGGCCAGGGCUGCCUGCUGCACCUUCCCUACCUGGCCAGACCACCAUCCAGGUGCGUGUACCCUACCGCGUGGUGGGACUGGUGGUCGGGCCGAAGGGGUCGACCAUCAAGCGCAUCCAACAGCAGACGCACACUUACAUUGUCACACCGAGCCGAGACAAAGAGCCCGUGUUUGAGGUGACGGGCAUGCCUGAGAAUGUGGACCGAGCGCGAGAGGAGAUGGAGGCCCAUAUCGCCAUGCGUACGGGCAACUGUGUGGAGAUUCCAGGAGACGAGAGCGACUUCCACUAUAACGGCACCGACGUCAGCUUCGAGGCGGGCGGCUGUGGGGCGUGGCUGCAGUCGAACGCGGCCGCACCUACCGGUGCCCAGCACAGUGGCGUGCGUAUGACCGCCAACUACCGCAACGACAGCUCCAGCUCUCUGGGCAGUGGCUCCACUGACUCCUACUACGGUGGAGGGGGGAACCGCAUGGCCGACUUCAGCCCCACCAGCCCCUUCAACUCCAAUCGUAACAACAACAAUGGUGGGGCCAGCUUCUGGUUUGAGGAGACUCUGCUCCCUUUUGCCUCUGAGGAGCUGGCAGCACUGGGCUCUCCUGGGUUUGACCCUCUGGCCAUCAGUACAGCUGCUCCUGCACCGCAGCCACAGGUGGUGUGGAGCCACUUGGAACAGGGCGUCCAGCUGUUGGGUGGCCGUCAGGCCCCUGUCCGAGACAGCCAGCCUGGCACGCCUCGCCUCUCCCCUGCCUUCCAAGAGGCCUUGGAACACCCCAUGGCCCAGCGGGUUCAGAGGGUCUCCCUCAGUGCCUCAGAGUCUCAAAAGUUCCCAGUCUACGGCCCCACCUUCUCAUCCUCCAGUGACAGCUCCAGCUCUCCGCCAGACUCGUGCCGAGGACGCCAGGGAUGCAUCCGCUGCCUGGAGAGUGAGAUCAUCGCAGCCCUGGUGCCCUGCGGACACAACCUCUUCUGCAUAGAAUGCGCCAACCGCAUCUGCCAGAGCCCCGAGGCCAUCUGCCCAGUGUGUCAGGCACCAGUCACCCAGGCCAUACGGCUGAGCCUGCCCUGA